UACUUGUCAGUUUCGUCCAAGAGACAUUUUUGGGCUCGCAAUCACCUGGUAGUCAAUGACGCCUCACUGUUUGAACAGCAAUCAGUCUCAUCUCCUCAAUGCGAGAAGAGAACAGAAACCAGCAGGUUUUCAUUAGCGCAGCCCAACAUGGGAGUAUCUCGAAUUCAGUUUUCCUGUUAAACAAUUGUCUCGAAUGUAGGGGAGUGGAGGUAUUCAGUAGGUAUAUUCUCUAGUACUCAACAAGUGCAAUGGGAAACCCGUCGACCAGUUUCACAAGGCGAGCGUGCCUAAUAUAAUCAGCCACAGUACAGUCGACUGCUGCACCAUUCUUGCAAAGCCUCAUUAUGAUUAUUUGGAAUCAUUCGAGUUCAGCUUCUACUUUUCGUGAUGACUUUGGCAACUCAUGACGCAAUAUCACAGGCGAUCUGCGUAUGCACGGCUAGUGGCGUAACCUCCGAGCUCCCCGCAUGUGGUAGAAAUGAUUCCUCAUCAACGAGACAAAGUAGACAACACACCUUCACAGCCUCCUCCUCGCCUACAGAGAUCCAUCGCCCUCCAUAUAUAAUCCUUCUUGAUGCGCUUCCCAUCCAUCCCCACUUUCAUCCGCACUGUCCACGCCUUCGCCAACUCAACACUGCGCGCAACAAACCCCGCCUUCAACGUAUCCCGACUCCACCACAUCCCACAGCGCGCGACUGCGUACCAAUCCAUGCCGAUUCCAUUCAUCGGCGCGCUUUUUGGAACAUCAAACAAAAUGGCAGACAACACAAACUUCCCCGUCCAGAAGACACAGGGCGAAUGGCAGGCCCAGCUGAGUCCAGAGCAAUUCCGCGUCCUGCGCAACAAAGGCACCGAAAUGGCCGGCUCGGGCCCAUACGACAAGCACUACCCAGACGCGGGCGUCUACAAGUGUAUCGGCUGCGACGCCCCACUAUACAAGGCAUCACACAAGUUCGACUCAGGCUGCGGAUGGCCCGCCUUCUGGGAUGCGUUCCCUGAUGCCGUCGGACAGCGCGACGACUCGAGUUUUGGGAUGACGAGGACUGAGAUCAUAUGCAACAACUGUGGUGGCCAUCUGGGACAUAUCUUCAAGGGUGAGCGAUUUGGCAAUCCAAAGGACGAGCGCCACUGUGUCAACAGUGUGUCUAUCAACUUUAGUCCAGAAGAAAAGAAGGAAUGA